AUGAACAGUGAUGAAACCGCAAGAGGAUCACAGCAGGUACUGAAUGAAAUCAGAGAAGCCCACUUGAUUGAGAUGCAGGUCAAUCAAACCUCAACGGACAAUGGGAGCAGAUCAAGUCCUUCAGACAAAGUAUCAGCCACUUGUAGUGGGGAUAAUAGAACCCAGGAAAACGAAAACUUGCAGUGGAUUGGUAGGGAGGAUGAUGACUUAACAGAGCUGGACACUAUAAGGAAUGAUUCGCAUGGAGAUGCGAGAAUUGACCCUGCUGCCUUUACUCCCAAUUUAAACAGGGUUAAGGCGUUCUUCCUAAACAAGAGCGGCAGUAGUCCGUCCAACAUAGCGGCUAGGCUUAGAUAUCGAAGCUCUCCCGCAGACACACCUAUUUCGCAACGAACAAAAUUGGGAUUGGGCCCUCGGAAAACCCCACCGGAGACCAUAUACCACCGGAUGCGCGAAAACGUCGCAACUGAACUAGAGAGGGACGGAACCGGGUUUCUGGAACAGAACGCUGUUUUUGGGGAUGAGGAACAUACAGUACACACAGAAAGAGAGAGACGCGGCACGCCCGGUGGGGGCAAUUCUCAUGCACUUCAAAAUAACAGGGAAGGGUAUACACCUACAAUAAAGUCCAAUGCUCUUAGUGCUUUUCAUGCACAUGAUGAGCCUUCCAAAGUAGAGCUCACGCCCUUGGCAGAGCGUCGUAAUUCUCAAUCAGAUGUCUUUGACACUACUCUACAUCCAUCCCAAAAGGUUGUUAAUCAAAAUGAUAUAUAUGAUGGUGGUGCCAGUACGCAACCGAUAGAUGCUACAGAUGAGAAGUCAGUGAUGGUUGGAAGGUUCGAAGGAUCUGCUACUCAGGUAGACUGUACAUCCUUAGCACCUUCAACUGCCUUGGAAGCAAAUGAGCAUCUCUUUGAUUCUAAAUCACCACUGGUAGCCAGAUUUACGUCUGGAGAGGUGGAGGCUGCUAAAUUGAAUGAAACAAGCAAUAGCUCGUGCAUGCAACUUGUCUUAUCUCCAUACAAUGGUGAAAAUCUACCCAGUAAAGGAUGUGGACCUGAUGACGAGCCUAGCAUACGCGAGGUGACGAGUACGCCAUCGAAAGUACAGGCAAAUAGGCAUGAACUACUAACAGAGAGUGCCACAGAAGACUCCUCCCGUAGGGGGUCUAUUUUAGAUGACAGUGAAAAAGGGAUUAGACUUAGGUUUUCAAACAUUUGUCAAGAAGAUGAGAAUCGAUAUGAAAGAGAUACAGAAGUCGAGAACCUCAUUUAUAGUGAUGUGGAUAAAACUCAGGAUUUACCCGAAAUAGAUGAGGGUAUUCAGGUUGAAGGAAGCAAACUAGACAUACCAAAAACGUUAGAGGACGAGCUCGAAAGUGUAGAAACUCAUUCUCCAGACAGAGAGCUCAACGGAUUGCAAGGGUCGACAGAAACUUCUCAGGACGUAGUGAAGAACAGGAGAUUAUUGCAAAGGAAGAGGAGAGGCUCCGUGAAGUUAAGAUGCUCUCCUGAAGAUCUCGAAAUAAAUAUAAUUACCACUGAAAGCUCGCCUCCAAAAAAAGUGAAAGCCAAGGGCGAUACGCAGGCCCAUAUUGAGGAUGGUAGCAAGUUCACGGUAACGACCAGUAAAAACUCAGGGAAGGAAGGUUCCCUACUAGACAAACAACCAACGCAACAAGCAUUAGAAAGCGGAGCUUGUCUAUACCAACCGAUAGGAGCUACAACCACGACUAUGGAUUACCUCACUAAAAGGGACCUUCAAUUUCGUGAUGCUGUCUGGUGUCGUUACAGUUUCAAUUACAUAUAUUAUGCUGGUAAAAUUACGACGACCAACUACGGCUCCAGUGAGCUCGAGGUGCUGUUCGAGUCUGGUAGAACGAUGGUGAAACGGGAAGAUAUGCACUAUCUAGAUUUGGUGGUUGGAGAAACUGUUUUAUGGGACAGCAAACCUUAUACAGUAGUGGCGCUUAAAUGCUCUUCGAAUAAGCCAGAUAUGAUAAGGUGUGUACGCGGUUACGAUACGGUAGAUCUCAAGAGAAGGACUAAAAAUGGCAAACUAGGUAUGAGAACGCUUACAAAACCAAUAUCUUCGAUUACACUUACGGAGGCACUUUGGGCUAAACGUCCUAAAAUAAUACUUUCUGGACAAUCUCAAGAUCGUGCGCAUGCAUUCGAAGACCUCACACGUCCGAUUCGGGGACGACGGUCUAACACUAUGAUCACUCCUGUUAGCCCACAUAAAAACAUGGCCGAAUCCAAUGACUCUGGUAUGCUUUCGCUGGACAGUAAACCGGUUUAUAUCAACACCGAAAUGGAAAGCAAUAAGUUCAUGCAUAUGGACAGAUCUAACGAUCCAUCUAUACAUGGAAUAUUUGAGCAUUGCAUCUUUCUUCUAAGUGGCCUCGGUGAUCGACAUAGAGAAAGACUCUCUUCAAUAAUCGAGCAACAAGGAGGGAUUGUAUCGAAAGCCAGUUUUUCAGGACUUCUCAAUUUCGAGUCGCCUUUGGUUGUAGGCUCAAAUGACGUAGAUUUGGCUUCUUUCAACUUUGCUGGUUUGAUAACUGAAAAGCAUUCCAGGAGCCUAAAGUACCUAGAAACAAUUGCAAUAGGACUACCAACACUGCACUAUAAUUUUAUUGAUCACUGUAUUUCCGAACAAAAGUUUGACAUUGCGGGCAUGUUCAAGUUUCUACUGCCCGCUGGAGAGAGUUUUCGAUUGCAAGCAAAAUCUGACUUGAAAACUGGUGUAGUGAAGUCCUCCAAUAUUUUUCAUUGCUAUUCAAAGCUGCUUGAAACAUCGUCCGUGCAAGAACAAAUUACCACAAGGCCAUUAACGAUGAGUGAUUACCAUGUCAUUAUUUGCGGGUCUUCCGAUUUAGACAAUUUUGUCUCGUUCGCGUUUUAUGUCUUAGGCGCUACUUCAGUUAUAACUCGGAGCAUCGACGGUCUUUUCAAGCAGCCCUUUGAAGCAGCGGAAUGUGCUGACAGAAUAGCGGGCGCUAUCGAAGAAAUGAAGUUGUCACUUCCUCUAGAAUCUAGACUCCUAAUUUAUCUGAACUCUAACAACGACAAAGGGCCUUAUUUCAAUGACAUCGAAGAUUGUCUAGGUCUUAGAUUAAGUGCUCAACAUAUAUAUGUGGAAGGAAAAGAAUGGCUAAUCCAAACUAUCAUCAACGAGGAUACAGGUCACGGACAAAGAGCGAAUACCAAAAAUUUCCAAUUUGGCUAG